AGGAGUGGGGCACCGGGUCGCGACCGCGGGGGAGAUACCCCUUUAUCUCAGUGCACGCGCGCCCGCCGUCGCCACCGGAGCGGAGCCCAGGAAGCCGCCAGCAUGAACUCGUCGCGCGACCUGCGGCCCGGCCGCGACAAGCUGGGCGCCCACGCCGUCGUCUGGGACCAGCCGGUGGACCUGACGCCGCCCGCAGCAUGCAUCGGCGCGCGACACAUCGUGACCUUCAUGCUGUUCCUGGGGAUGGCCAACGCUUACGUGAUGCGCACCAACAUGUCGGUGGCCAUCGUGGCGAUGGUGAACCACUCGGCGCUGCAGACGGACGAGGAGAUAGUCGACACCGAUGAAUGCGGAAACACCGGGAACUUGAAUGACACAAGUUCUACUCAGGUAGAUGGAGAAUUUGAAUGGGAUACCAAACUGCAAGGAUACAUUCUCAGCAGCUUCUUCUAUGGUUAUGUGAUAACUCAAGUACCCUUUGGUAUCCUUGCUAAAAAGUAUGGAGCCAAGUAUUUCCUUGGAGUGGGCAUGCUCAUUAACUCUGUGUUUGGGUUGCUGGUUCCAAUUGCAGCUAAUGCUGGCUUUGGUUGGCUUAUUGUGGUACGCUUCAUUCAGGGACUUGGUGAAGGUCCUAUUGUACCAUGUACCCAUGCAAUGCUGGCAAAAUGGAUCCCUCCUAAUGAAAGGAGUCGAAUGGGAGCUUUUAUAUAUGCAGGAGCACAAUUUGGAACUGUAGUGUCUAUGCCACUAAGUGGUUUACUCUCAGAGUAUGGAUUCAGUGGAGGAUGGCCAUCUAUAUUUUAUGUGUUUGGAGCAGUUGGAACUUUGUGGUCAUUGGCAUUUAUUUUUAUGGUUUAUGAAGAACCAACUGUUCAUCCAAGAAUUGCAGAUGAUGAAAAAAAAUAUAUUAUAAAUUCUCUUUGGGGUUCAGCUGGGAUUUCUUCUCCACCAGUUCCUUGGAAAUCUAUUCUGACUUCCUUGCCAUUCUAUGCAAUUUUGAUUGCUCAUAUGGGACAAAAUUAUGGUUACGAAACUCUCAUGACAGAACUGCCCACAUUUAUGAAACAAGUACUUCAUUUUGAUAUUAAGAAGAAUGGAACAUUGUCCGCCGUUCCUUACCUAGCUAUGUGGUGUUUCUCCAUUGUUUCUAGUAACAUUGCAGAUUGGAUGAUUUCUAGCCAUCGUUUCACUCACACACAAACAAGAAAAAUUAUAAACAGUAUAGGUCAGUAUGGUCCUGCUGUUGCACUUGUAGCAGCAUCGUACACUGGAUGUAAUCCUGCUCUGACUGUAUCCCUUCUUUCCCUCGGAGUGGGUUUGAAUGGAGGUAUCUAUUCUGGUUUCAAAGUCAACCAUUUAGAUAUAUCUCCACGAUUUGCGGGCAUCAUGAUGAGCUUCACCAAUUGUGCUGCAAAUCUUGCUGGCCUUUUGGCACCAAUAACUGCAGGAUAUAUAAUUCAUGAAAGGCCAACACAAGCUGCAUGGAGAGUUGUAUUUAUGAUUUCAUCUGGUGUCUAUGUAGUAUGUGGUUCAAUCUACUUGAUAUUUGGAACUGGUGUUCGACAAGCCUGGGACAAUCCAGAAAAUGAUGUUCAUGUCAAUGGAAAACAAAAAGAUAACCAUCCAGAAAAAAGUGAAAAAGCAGAUGCACAAGGACUGCAGCUGUCUUCAUUACAAUCUGAGAAGUGAAUGCGCCAUAAUUAAUGCCCAACCCAACAUAAUCUUAAAAUUGUUAUUUAAUUAUCUUUGUGUGGCAGCAAAUUGAAGUUGGAGAGUGAGAAAUACAAUCAAUUUCAUGUGGGCAAAGUCCAAAGCCAAGUAUUAAAAUAGGUUGCUUAAUGUGCAAUGAAAAAUUGUGAUAUGUUAAGAAGAGUUGUGUGUUUUUGAACAUUGAAAGACACUCCACAGUUUUCAAACAGGUGGAGAACAAGUUUACAAAGAUGAGAUUGAAAUUAUAUCAUUUGUGGUGAUCUAUUUGAAUCUGGUGUGUCAUACAUGAUUCAUUGGAGAUUAUUCCAAAAUGUAUACAUAUCUUAAAGGCACAUUCAGUGGUGAUAUUUUUGUAAUAUAAGGAAUCAGAGACUAACUGAGAUAUGAAACUAUAUUGUACAGAAAGUUCACAAAGUGAUUUACAUUUAAGUUAAUAACAUUCCAGUCAAUACAUUUCAGAAACAACAAAGAGUUGAAUAGUUUCAAUUUUAACUCUUCAAGAUAUAAUACUACUAUUAUUGCUUAUACUUUCAAAUUCUUUUUUCUUUCAACCCUCUAACAGUAUUUUAUUUCUAAUAAUAAGUAAAAGAUAAAUUUAACUAUAAAAUAUAUUUUAUCAUACAUUUUAAAAAUGUAUUGCAGCUAUUUGAUAUGAUAUUCAAUAUUUAUAUAUACCUAAAAUUAAAUAAUUAUGGAAAUUGGCAAUGUGAAACAAUAACCACCAAUUUAGAAAUGAAUUGACAGCAGCACGUUUUAACAGUACCUUGCCAUCUUCCUUCAUAUACACAUUUAAAACUGGAAAUUUUCUUCAUUUUCUUUAAUUGUUUUUGUUUUCUUUCUUUUAUUCUAAUUAUACAUGUUUGUUACUGUUUUAAAUUAUGUUAAAAUGCAUGUAGUAUUAUGCUUCCUUUGUGAAAAAUUGUUUUGUACAUGAAUGUUGUUUUUUUAUUAACAUAGAAUGUGAGUGACUGAUUUGAAUGAAAUUGAUAUGAAAUUGUCAUGUGUGUGUGUUUAUAUCAUGUGAAAACUUUUCCAUAGACAAGAAAUUUUACAUCAGUUUCAUGACUUAAUUGUAUCAUAUGUAUCAUCUUGAAUGUUUUAUGAAUAUCUGUGUGAAAGAAAGAGACAAAUUUAUGAAAUAAAAUUUAUUGAAUUCCUGCCUGUUUUUAUAAUGCUUCUCUACAAAAUUUACAAUAACUUAAGGUUUCUUAAUCUGUGAACUGUGAAUGAUUAAUAGUAGAUGAUGAUUUAACUAUGUAAUUGAUUUCAGG